AGUAGGGUUGGAAGGGGCAAGGACCAAGACCACGUUCGCUUCUGCUUUCUACGACUCUCCGUCGGUUAGAGAGUAUUUUCAAAUCCGAAUACUGAACAGCCAACUCUUCUGCCGAGCUGUGCAUGUAAGCGUGCGCCAGUUUAAUCUUUCUCCCCACAUGGCGGAGGACCGAAUACCAGUUCCCCUUUCUCGAACAUACACAUUGCUGCUGCUACUACGUCGUCGUGGCUUCUCAAACAAGUGUAAUCGGGAGUGUAAAUGACACACACAAACCAACACAUUUCUAUAAUACUACUAGACCUCUGUAUCCAUUCUCUCUUUUUGUAUUACUCACCGUUUCGACCGGAGACAUAGAGAGUUGCGGUGCUAACGCGUUUUCAAAUUGAACUUUCCGUAUCCGCUAUUCGUUGCGCGCAAUUACGCAUUUGACGCGCACAAUUCCUACAAACUUUUUCAACUUUUCUCCAUUGAUUCGUCUUUGGCGUGUUGUCGUACGUCACCGAUCGUGUUGUAGAGAUAAAGGACGUAAGAAUUCUUAUUGUGUAUUAUUUUCAUGCAGAUUAGGACCGAGACUACGCACUGGUGAAAGGAAUAUUGCACCUCAGGACCAGUCCAAAUGAGAAUCCGGAAUGGCAGAAGGCAGUGGCGCAGAUGAGGACAACAGCGAUAUACUCAGGCAUGCCACAACUCUUGUCCAUCAGCCCUCCAGUGUUACCGCAGAUUCUAAUCAAAACAUGAAGUCCGAGGAGAGCAAUCAAGAAAGCAACGUCAGUAUACCCGAAGAAGCGUCUCCUGUUGCGGUUAACGGCGCUCUAGAACAUCUAACAAACUCGUUAGAACCCAAAAACGAAUCUUUAAGUCCUGUUGAAUCAAAAACACCUCGUAUGGUUGAAUCUUCCAGCUCCAUCCACUUUAAUGGAAAUAAUCCAGAGUUGAACAACCUUCUUCAGUAUCAAAACUAUCCUUCCUCUCAUUUAGAACAAAAUCUUCCGACUAAUUUUCCAAGUAUGCCAGGUGUUACAAUAUCAGCGGCGAAUGCUCCCCUUAAUUUAACGAUGAACACAUCAGAACAAACCCUUGGAGUUAAAGACGCAACAGCACGUACAAGUAACAUGGCAGCUAAUUUUGCUCAAUCGGCAAGUAUCAAUCCCGUUCCCAACUUUCUAAGAUCUCAACCAGUACUUCCUGCAAUGCCACAGUUAAUUUUGGCAUCUGGUCAAUUAGCUCAAGGUAUACAGGGUGCGCAACUGCUCAUACCCACAUCGCAAGGAAUCGCGACCCAAACAAUUCUGACAAUCCCAUUCAAUCCAAUGAACUGCGCCGACCAAAUGAUAAACUUGCCUCUAACUAACGGCCAAAUUGUCACCACCUCAUUGGCUAAUCUUGCCCAAAGUAGUUUACUUCAAUCACCCGGUAACAAUGGUAAAAGUGGUGCCAUUGGUAUAAAUUUGCUCAAUUCGACCGCGUUUCCUACACUCAUUUCAAACAAUUCCCCCCAUCAUCUAUUACAAAACUUGCCGGAGAUGUUAAACACGUCUCACUUAACACCUCAAACAACCACGUUGCCCACCCUGAACCACGUGACCGAUGUGCCAAAUGUUAGAAACAAUCGGAGCGUGGGUCAUUUUAACGCCAACAAUGCCGUCGCAGAAAAUAAAGGGCAACAAGUAAAUAAAAAUGAAACAUCGCCGGCCUAUAACGAUAAUACAAUUAAUAAUAGAUCACCCACCAACGUGGAUACACCCAUGUCGGCCAGCUCGAGUUCUAGUCAAGGCCUGAAACGGCCACCUUCGUCGCUCAGUUUGUCUCCAGCGUGCAAUGAUCAUUCAUCCACCGCUGAUUUAUUAAUCGACUCGCCAAGUCAACCAACAAUCAAUCAAACAAAUUGCAAUGUUGUGGACGGAAUUAAUUUAGAAGAAAUUAAAGAAUUUGCCAAAGCUUUUAAACUUCGUAGACUGUCUUUAGGAUUAACGCAAACACAAGUUGGACAAGCCCUCAGUGUUACAGAAGGUCCUGCCUACAGUCAAAGUGCAAUAUGCAGUGCCCUGGCCUCUCAGAUGCUUGCCGCCGCACAGUUUUCAACACAGCAACAAGCUAUGUUUGAGAAACUUGAUAUUACUCCAAAGAGUGCACAAAAAAUUAAACCUGUCUUGGAACGCUGGAUGAAAGAAGCCGAAGAGAGCCUUUUUAAUUACAGGUACAAGAGUGGUCAAAAUCACCUUACCGACUUUAUAGGCGUGGAGCCUUCAAAAAAAAGAAAACGGAGAACUUCGUUUACACCCCAGGCAUUGGAACUCUUGAACGCACACUUCGAGAGGAACACUCAUCCGUCAGGAACAGAAAUCACUGGACUAGCUCAUCAACUGGGGUACGAGAGAGAAGUGAUUCGGAUUUGGUUUUGUAAUAAACGACAGGCCCUUAAAAACACUGUCAGAAUGAUGUCCAAAGGAAUGGUCUAAAAGAGUCGUCUUUUUCUGUGAUUAAUCAAAAACUUUAUCACCUAAUUAAAAACACAGUAUAUGUAAAAAAAACUACUUAAUAAGUUCCAUUUCUUGAAUGAUAUAAUGUACAAGAUUAGUGAUAAAAAAAAAGUAAAAUACAGAAAGAGAGUGAAGUGAAAUACGAACGGAAAUGUAAACCUGUAUGUUUCCUUUUAUUUGUGUUGUGAUUCCAGAGGCGCUGUUUAUCAAUGUAUAUUUUGACUUUUGAAUAUGAGUUUAAGUUUAUUUAUUUUUGAAAUAUGA